AUGAAGAUCGAACACAACUUUGCUUCCGUGGCACACCCACAGGCAAACGGCCAAGUCGAGAGCGUCAACAAACAGAUAGUCGACGGCAUUAAAGCGCGACUUGGAACAGCGCGCGGAGGAUGGGUUGAUAAGCUCCCAAGCAUCUUAUGGGUUCAUCGCACCAUGCCAAAGACUAGCACGGGAGAAACUCCAUUCAGUCUUGUUUACGGAUCUGAAGCAGUAAUCCCCGCUGAAAUUGGUCUCCCAUCACCACGCAUGAUUGCUAAGCAAAACCAAAACAAUGAGAAAGAGCGAAGACUGUAUUUAGACCUUCUCGAAGAAAGGCGCGAGAAUGCCGCCAUCGCCGAGGCAAGGUACAAAUUCAAACUCGAAAAAUACUACAAUACGCGCGUACGCGUGUGUACCUUUGUCCCGGGUGAUUUCAUCUUGCGCGACCAUGAGGCUUCCAACGCGGAAAAACCAGGCAAAUUAGCGCCAAAAUGGGAAGGACCAUACAUCGUCAAUGAAGUCUUAAGAAAAGGGGCAUACACCCUAAAAAGAAUUGAUGGGACACUAGUUCCCCGCACCUGGAACGCGAAGCAACUGCGAAGGUGUUACAUAUAA